AUGCGGCGAGGCGAGAGUGUCACAGUGAGUGCGAGAGCUCUUCGUGGGGGCACCCUCAAUCAUGUGGGUGUGGGACGGGAAGGGGAGGGGCACCCGUUCCCGGCCCGGCCCGUCACCAAAUUCUCCAAUCCACGCAGCAAAACCGGAGCUGCUGCAACUGCUGUCGCCUCACCACCUCACUACUACCAGGCGUGCAAUGCAAUUACUUGCCUGACCACGUCGCUCUACUCCUCCUGCUACUACAUACAACCACUUGCUACCCGUCCACCCGAGCUUACCAGCAGGGUGUUACCAGCCUGCUCUGUUCCUACCUACAAGGCUGAAGCCGCCAUCUCUACUGUUAUGGCCGGCGGUAGCAGCAGCACAGUCGUGGUUAACUGCGACGGAGCGACCACCAGCAGCGGCGGUGGAGCGACGACAACGUCAGAGGACUCUCUCGCUGCUGCUCUCUUCGCUAUGGACGACCUCCCUUCGCCGCUCGCGCUGCUCGCACCGCUCGCGCCUCUGCCGCUGCCGCUGCCGCCGCCGCCGCCGCCGCACACAACGUUCCCGCCGGCUUCGCAGCGUUGGAUCCCGGAGCAGCGUCCUACAGGGCGACGUGUCUGGCCGUUCGGCUGCCAACGCAUUCACGAGAGAGAGCCGCACGGCAUUGAAUCGUCGAUUGAACUGCACAUACAGCCUCUGGUGGAGCAGCGGCCUGAAGCUUUGGUUCAGCCGCUGAUUGAACCCCUGAUGACUUGUGUGGGUGGGCCAGAGGGAGGGCUCGUGGACAGGGGGGUGCGUGUGGGGAUCACUCCGAGUCGGAGUGGAGGACACGCGGAGGAGGCGUUGGCAGACUCGAAUAAGCCUGUUGGGGCUGAUGCUCCUUGUGCUGCUGCUGCUGCUGGGGCUACAGCUGCUGCUGCUGCUGCUGCUGUAGUUGGGACUGCUGCUGCUGGUGCUGCGGUGAAAGCGGAGAGCGGGGAGGUGCAGAUUGAGCGCAUGCUGGCUGGGCUCUCACACCUCGCACGCUUCCUGCGACUGCAGCAGCAAGCACAGGAACCGGAAGCACAGCUGCUGGAAGUUCAGCAGCGGGAGGCAGAGGCAAAGACAGAGGCAGAGGCAGAAGCAGGGGCAGAGGCAGAGGCAAGGGCAGGGGCAGGGGCAGGGGAAGCGGUGCUGUCAACCGGGGCAAUGGCGAGGUUGCAGAUGGGGGGGAGCAGCAAGGGCGAGAGGCAGCAGCUCAUGGCUCUCCUGCGGGCGCUCAAGCAGGCGGAGGAGCCGCAGCUGUUGCAGCAAUCCAGGCGGAAACGGAAGCACAAGGAGAAUCUGAAGCAGGAGGAGAAGGAGAAGCAGAGCCUAUGCAAGUGGCAGAAGGGGCAGAGGGCAGCGAGUCAAGAGCAGCCAGGGUUCCCCCAGGCACCGAAAGUGCAACAGCAGCCGCAGGAGCAGCAGCAGCAGCAGCAGCAGCUGGACGGAGGGGAGGAGGAGCACUGGCUUUCAGCCUUCUCGGCUCUUCCAGAGGCCGGAGCAUCAGCAAAGCAAGUGGAGACCGCCCUUGCUUCCACGUUUGCUCCCAGAUACGGUCCAGAUGGCACUGAGCGAUUGGCUCGUGGUGGAGGCGGGUGGGGGCGCAUGGGAAAACGUGCUGGGGAGAGGAACAGCAGCCAUGGUGGCAGUGAUGGCGGUAGCGGUGGUGGUGGCGGUAUUGGAAGCGGCAGCAGUCACCCCAAGUUUGCUCUGCAUGGCAGUGCCACCAACCCCAGCAGUGCCAUGAGUACCCCAGCAGCGGUCCGCAAUAGCCACGUGACGGCAGGCACAAACGGCAUCAUCAGCAGUAGCCUUUUCAGCAGCACUGCCACCAACUCAGCGAACGAUGCUGGUAAAAGGAGAAAAAGGCCAAGCCCAGGGGGUCCCUCUGGCCGCGCUACAGUCGCUCACACGCCGCAGCAGCACCCCAGCCAGACCCCCCGUGCCUGCUACAUCCGGAGUGCGCUCGGGCCGGCCAGUGCCUCGUUUGUUCAGCCGAACCCAGAGGAACCCCCUGCCGUAGGGGCGUCUAUCCUUGGCGCUGCCAUGAUUGUAGACCCUCAUAUCCCGGUGCCAGAUGUGAGGGGCAACCAGAAGGGUGUGCUGGAAGGCGUUUGCACAAGGGAACACGACGUGGCUUUAGAGCCGACUCAAAAGUCGCCUCGGGAUGAGCGUGCACGUGCGGUGAGGUUUGAGAGCGAGACCAACGGGCGCGCAUACCACAUGCACGACGAGUGCUAUGCGGACGAUGCUUUGGAUUAUCCCAAGGGCCGCGAGCACUGCAACACUCAAGGCGAGUGCAGCCCGGACGACGGGUGGUUGCCUCGGUGCCAAGGCAUCCGGGGUGGUUCGGCGCCGAACCAGAGGAUCAAGAGGCGCAGCAUGGCAGAGCGGCGGAGGAGGGAGAGGAUCAGUGAGGGGCUGCAGAGGCUGAGGGCAAAGGUGAGGGGGCGAGGAGACACAUGCGCUAUGCUGGAUAGAGCCGUGGGUUAUGUUGAUUCUCUGGAGCGACGGGUGAUGGAGUUAGAGAAGGUUAUCGUGACAGCUGCUGGCUCUGGGAGGAACGUUCUCCCCGGUCAUGCGUUUGCCAGUGGUGGUGCUUUUGACGGAAAUUCUUCUGCUAAUGAUGCAGUGGCGCUGAGGGCGACACCGGGUGCUGCAGUGGCAUCGGUUUCUAACGGCCUUGGGAGUGCCGCUGCUGCAGGCUGGCCUUGGGAGUGA